UUGUGAACUCAAACUUCUCCGGGGUAGAUUCAAUCAUGGCAGCUGGUUAACUCAAGGUCCAUGAGCAAAGUAAGUGGAAACCCAAAUUUUGCAAAUGGCCUCUGAGGAUCCGCAUGAGGAGAGUAUCAAAGUUUGCUGCAGGUUCCGGCCGCAAAACCAGUUAGAGAAGGAGCAGUCUGGAAAGAUCUGCAUUACACUCGGCGAUGACAUCACCUCAGUGUAUGUGCCCACCAUUGACACCAGCUUCGUCUACGACCGUGUCUUUGGCUCUGAAUCUACGCAAAAAGAGGUGUAUGACUAUGCUGCCAAGCCCAUCAUCAACGGUGUGUUGAGGGGCUUCAAUGGCACUGUAUUUGCCUAUGGCCAGACCUCAUCGGGCAAGACGCACACCAUGGAGGGACCUGACAUCGAAGAUGAGGUUCAGAUGGGUGUCAUUCCAAGGAUGGUUUGGUCCAUCUUUGACGGCAUUGACCAUGCAGCUGACUACAUCGAAUUUGUGGUAAAAGUUGCCAUUGUGGAAAUCUACAAUGAACGCAUCCGUGACCUUCUUGACCCCAAGAAGGACAACUUAAAAAUUCACGAAGACAAGGCCCGAGGUGUCUUCAUUGGAGAGGUCACUGAGACGUAUGUGGGGUCGGAGCAAGAGAUCUUCGACAUGAUGAAAGUAGGCAAAUACAAUCGCUCCGUGGCUGAGACCAAUUUGAACGAGCAUUCAUCGAGGUCGCAUUUGAUCUUCAUGAUGACAAUCGAGCAGAAGAAUCUGCACGAUCGUUCUCUCAAGGUUGGGAAACUGCACUUGGUGGAUCUUGCGGGCAGUGAGAAGGUUGCGAAGACAGGAGCAUCUGGUGAACGGUUAGAUGAGGCGAAGAAUAUCAAUCGUUCGCUGUCUGCUUUGGGAAAUGUCAUCAAUGCCCUCACUGAUCGCAAGUCCACCCACGUACCAUACCGGGACUCAAAGCUUUCAAGAGUCCUUCAAGAAUCCUUGGGUGGAAAUGCAAAGACCUCGUUAAUCAUUACAUGCUCUCCUUCUUAUUUCAACGAGCAGGAGACCAUUAGCACUCUUCGUUUUGGCCAGAGAGCCAAAAUGAUCAAGAACGUGGUCAAAGUCAACCAUGAGCGAUCCGUUGAGGAACUGAAGUUGCUGCUGCAACGGCGAGACCAGAUCGUGGGAGAUCUCCGACAUAGAGUCUCGCUGUUGGAGCAGCUGCUUCGUUCCAAUGGAAUUCCAGUCCCUGAGGACAAGGGGCUUUCCCUUCCAUUGCCGGGAACUGCUUCGCCCGCACCAGUCGACGAAGCAGAAAAGACGGAAUUGGAGGAACAGCUUCAGGAGCUCAGAAGCAAACUGAAGGAGAAGUCGGACGAGUUCUGCGAGGCGAGCAAAGAAAAAGACGACCUCUUGUCGCAGUUGCAAUUGGCACAGAAUGAGCAACGCCGCUUGUCGAUGGAAGCAAAGAACGCCAAAGAGGAAGUUGAGAACAUGGAUUAUGAGCGGCAAGAGCAGGCUUCAGAGCUUGCUAAGCUUCAAAAUGAGAAGACGGCUUUGGAGUCUGAACUGGAGGCGCUGAGCAAGAACUACACAAAUCUCUUUCAAGAAAAGGCUGGUACACCCACCAACCGAGAAAGGGAGAGAGAGCCUGCGAUGUGUUCUCGCAGCCGGGCACCAUGCCUCGAGGACAAGGAUGCGGAUAGGCCACUCAAGAAGAAGGUGUCGCAGCUGGACAAGAACCUGGAGUCAUUAACUGUGAUGUACCACAAGCUGGUGGCGCAAAACAGCGGGCUAAAGGUGGAAGUCACUGAAAAUGACAACAAAAUCAAACGAAAAGACCUUCGCAUCCAGCAGUUGGAGAGCAAUUUGCGGGAGGCGAAGCAAAAGUACACCAAAUUGAUGACGCAGUGCGCAAAUCUCACUGCCAUGAUAGAUGUGAGAGGUCGCAAGAACUGCGUUUGCGGUGCCAGCGGCGGCAAUUCGCAGGCUCGGCGGUCGCCCGCCGUGGUCCGGCCGCUUCGAGGAGGAGUUUCAGCUCGCGUCGAGACAGGUCUUGGAGAUCCCGUUGGGACCCCCAAAGCAACCUCUGGGAGUCCAUCGGAGCGAGCGGAUAGCCCCAAGGCCUCAAGUCCGACUUCGUCUCCUGUCUCGCUCAGAGGGGGGACCAAGUCACGGGCAAAGGCUCCGGUGUAUGAUCCGCCUUCGCGGUGAGGGGUGGACACACUUUUUUGUGCAAGUCACAUUGUAUAGGCCGCACAUUUUGCGACUUAUUGCGAAUUGCGACCGCUUCUUUGUGACUGCCCCAAUGGGGCACAGCAUUCAUCCGGUGGUCAAACUGACCGGCAACAACAUUGCUUCCAAAAUUUCUGCACAGGGAGGCUUUUUGUGU